UGAUGUUGACAGCUUAGUCACCUAACCCACGCAAACUUCACUCUCACUCAUGCAGCCAUGCCAGUGUUGUAUGUGGUAGCGAAAGCAUAUGUUUACGCGACACACCGUUUGAAGUCGAUCAGCUGGCAGUAAACCUGCCGUGUCUCUGUCGUCUGAGUGUGAAGCAGGAGAGAAGCUGGGGAAGGAGGAUGGAUGGAGUCAGCUGGAGCACCACCAGGGCCCAGGAGUCGUUCAGCCGCUCCAGGACGGCUGCAGACACUCUCUCCAGGCUCGCCAGCUUCAUAGCACGGGCUGACACCAAACAGCACACACGAAGCCAGAGACAGCAACCAUCCCACCUGCCCACAUAUGUUUGUCAAGAAUGUGGUAAGGGUUUCCCAUAUGCGACAGAACUGUUGCACCACCAGGAACUAAAACAUGCAUUACCCAAGCCUCACCGGUGUUCCUCUUGUGGACAGGAGUUCUCCCUGAGGUCGUCCUUACAGCUACACAAGUGUGAUCAUGGUUCCUCCCUGUGCGAGCUUUGUCAUGGAGAACCACAGCUUGGUUCUCCGUGCCCUGCAUGUACAAUUCACAACUUGAAUCCUGACAGGCCACAGGACAAGUCACCUCACCUCCUAGACAGGAGCCCUUACACAUGUGCACCAUGUGGGAGAGGUUUCAGCCAGAAGCAGGCCUUGCUGCACCAUCAGCAAGCUGGUUGUAGUGAACCACCAUCGCGAUCAGAUACAGUUGAUGCCAGUAGCCCUCCAGAUGAUUCUCCGCCAGUUUCUGAAGGAGACUCAGCCCGCUCUGAUUCUUCAGACAUCCCAGGGCCCAGCUGCAGAGCUGGUAACGUGUGCCAAUUCUGUUUGAGAACCUUCCGCACAGAAGCUGGGCUGCAGCGGCAUAAGCAGACGAACCAUGCAGAGGAGCAGCUGAGGGCACCACAGAGACAAAAGACCAAAGAAGAAGGUAGUUGUGGAGAGGCAAAGAAAGGAGGGAAUACUAAGGUCAAUGGAGAUCCAAAUAAAAGGCCAAAAUCCAAAAAGAAGCUUUUGAGCUGUCGCUCUUGCGACAUGGUUUUCAGGAGCACAUCAAAGCUGUACGUACACAGAAAAGAGAAGCACCGCAGAGAGAAAAUUAUUAGGAGAGAAUCACGGCCGGUCAUCAGCAAAGGCAGGAGAGGAGACACGUAUCCAUGCCAAGUCUGUGGCAAAUUAUUCUUCCAUCAUUUGUCACUUAGGGCACACUACAGACAGCACACAGCCUCAAGUUUCACCACAAUCAAAAACAAAAGUCAGUCUGUUAGAAGUAUCACCAAAGACUCCAAGUUAUUAGAAAAUAGACUAAAUAAAGCAAAAACCAGCCUGGAAGAUAACAAGACUGUUAGGGCUGGUCCAGGGAGGCCCAGGAAAGUUGUCAGAGUAGAGAGCAAGGUCAGUGAUCCAGGGAAAUGCAGAGAAGUGCCUAAAAUGGAGGAAGAGGAGGUGGAAAAGGAGUUCCCAUGCCCCUCCUGUGUGGAGGUUUUCUCUCUGCAGUCACAGCUGAGGGAGCACGUAGAGCUCCACCAGUCAUCUGUGAAGAGGAGACAGUGCAGUGUGUGCACAAACGAGAUGGACACCUUCAAAUGGCCAGGCUCAAAGAGGCAGAGGCUGUACCACUGUGUGCCCUGCCAGCAGGGGUUCUCAGCUCUUGACUCUUUCCUAGAACACUGUCAGGAGCACCUGCGAGUCCGAGUGGAGGAGGACAGCAUCACAGAGGUCUACGCAGCUCAGGCCAGCAAAGCCUGAGAUGCAGUUUGAAUGUCAUAAGCGAUUGCCCUUUUUCCUUGAAGGGUUAGAGGGCAGAAAUUCUUGUUCAUUCCCCAGUUCAUUGCUUGAGCAUAUUCAUACCAACAAAACAGGUGUUGACAAGAUAAUGGUGUGUUUAAGGACUAUACUGGGGUUUUUGCAUUUACUAUAAGUCACACAUGUUUGACUGUCAACCAUUUUCCAAAGCAUACCAUAGCUCCAUUUAGAUUUUCAAAUGUUUUAUACAAUCUAGGCAGCUAUUUGUUUCUGUCUCAGCACAGUCACAGUGUGUGAGAUCUAUCACAGUGGACAUUUACUCACUCAACUACAACUACUUUUAUUUCUUGCGGAGGAUAUCACUGCAUGUUGAUGCAUAUGAAAACUCUGAAUAUUUUUCAAAGGUUAUCCACUUUGUGUGUGUGUUCAUGUCCUUAUGGGAAGCUCCACCAUUUCAGAUUCGAGUCAUUGACAAAGCAGGAUUGCAUUCACAAGCUAUGUUGUAAAAUCAAACAAGCCAAGAAACAAAUGUUGGCAUUGCAAAAAUAAUGUGUGUGUGUGGUAGCUUGUUAAGAAAAGAAAAGGUUGUGUACACCAAUAAGGAACACUUUUCAAAUUACUAAUCUGUUUUAACUUUAUUACUAUAUUAAGAUAACACAACUUUGACAAACAUAAAGCUGAAACGUUCACUGUGUGGGAUUACCUAUUUGGCCAGUCUGCAAGUAGAUUUUCAUACCUUAAUGAAAUACAUUGAAACCUUUGGCAGCCGGAAAAGUUGAAAAAGAAAAAAAAAAAAAAACAUGCAAAAACACCAGUAUGCCUCUUUAUUAGAAUUUGGCAUGUCCAUUCUAUUUUCUAUCACUGACUAGCCAAUAUUUCAUACAGUUGAGCUUUGUUCUGCACAACCAUGGUAUGUUCUAGCCAAAGCACUGGUAGAUAUCUUGUUUGCUAGAAUUUAUUUUUACACCACUUUAGCUAAGUCAAGGAAGGUAUGUCUGUUUCAUACAAUUUUGGCAAUAAUUAGUCAUAGAUAGGGUGUGUCACUUGCUGGAUUGUCACUAUUAUGUGUUGGCCUUUGGUAUUUGCAUCUGCACUGAAUUUGCUAAGAUCACCAGAUGGAAAUUUGGUUCAUUUGGUCGCAAAGUAGGGCUGCAACUAACAAUUAUUUUCAUUAUCAAUUAAUCUGUCGAUUAUUUUCUGGAUUAACUGAUUAAUC